AUGAAACUAGCCGUCAGCCUCACCCUCGCAAGCCUAGCUCUGGCAGCCAGCGACGAUCUCCGCGACCUUCCCAUCACCCGCACAUCCACGCACCUCUACCUCAACGGCACAGAAUGGAAAGCCGUCGGUCCCAACGUCUACUGGAUCGCCCUCGACGAGAACGUCGUGCCUCCCGAGGGCGAGCCGUUCUACGCGCCGAAAAAGAUCAGCUACCCACAACCAGACCGCGUGACCGAGGUGAUGCGCAUCGUCAAGGCCCUAGGAGGGACCAUGAUCCGCGCGCACACAUUGGGGUCUAACACGGGGUCGCCGCUGAGCCUCAUGCCUGAAGCUGGCGUGAUUAAUGAUGAGGCUUGGGAGUCUAUUGAUUGGGCUAUUUAUCAGGCGAGAGAACAUGGUAUCAGGCUCAUGGUUCCGCUCGUAGACAACUACGACUACUACCAUGGCGGAAAAUUCGACUUCCUCCGCUGGGCAGGCCACGACCUCUCCCAAGCCAAAGACUCCCGCAACCCCGCCAUGAUGGCCUUCUACGACGACCCGACCAUCGUCGCCUCCUUCAAAUCCUACGUCACCACCCUCCUCACCCACCUCAACCCCCUCACGAACCUCACCCUCGCCGAGGAUCCCACCAUCUUCGCCAUCGAGUCCGGCAACGAGCUCCUUGGGCCCGAGUGGGGAGACAUGAACUGCCCCGCCCACUGGGUCCGCGAAAUCGCUCGCCACGUUAAGGACUUGGCCCCCGAGAAGCUGUUUGUCGACGGUACCUAUGGCGUUAACGUUACGCACUUUGAGGUCGAUGAGGUUGACAUCUUUUCGGACCACUUUUACCCCGUCGAUGUGGGGAAGUUGAAGGGUGAUAUUGCGAAGCUUGAGGCUGCGGAUCGCCCAUUGUUUGUGGGCGAGUAUGGAUGGGUGGGCGGGAAUGAUCCCGGUGCUGGUGGUGAUCCGCUUCCGGAGUUCUUUAAGGUCAUUGAGGAGAGUGAUAGUGUUAUUGGGGACACCUUUUGGAGCUUGUUUGGGCGGAAUUUCCCCGAUUGCAAUGACUGGGUUGAGCAUGACGACGGGUUUACCAUGAAGUAUGGCGACCCCACGAACUCGGAAUUAACCAAUAGCAGGAUCAAGCUCAUCCGGAAGCACUUCACCAAGAUGAGUCGAGGAGAGGACAUAAGCAUCGACGAAGACCUGCCAACCAUUCCCUGUCCACUCGAGGAGCUCGACUAA